AUGCUUGGUCAAGUCUUGAAAAGGGCUGGGAAUAUUACAAGCAUGAAGGACCCUAACAUUCUUUAUCUUCUCAGCCUGCAAAUUGAUGAGCAGAGAAAGUUGGAAGAAGCACUUUCAUAUGCAAAGUCAUUGCUAAAUCUUGAAGGUGGUUCUAACAUUAAGGAGUGGUUGUUAUUGGUCCGCGCAUUUUCAGCCCAAAAACGUUUUGUGGAUAGUGAAACCAUCCUGGACGCUGCCCUGGAUCAAACUGGCAUUCUUCAUGUAAGGACUAAAAGCUUCAGUUCCGGGAAGAAACUUUAUAAGGAUCGUGGAUGCUUUUCUAGAAGUUUUGAACAGGAAAUAUGGCAUGAUCUAGCUUAUCUCUACAUAAGCUUGUCACGAUGGCAAGCUGCCGAGAUUUGUCUUUCAAAAUCCAAGGCCAUCAGUUCUUUCUCUGCUGUUAGAAAUCAUGCCACUGGUGUAAUUUAUGAAAGAAAAGGCAAACCAAAAGAAGCUCUCAACGCUUUUUGGAGCGCUUUGGAUAUCUAUCCUGAUCUUGCCCCAAGCUUGAUAUCUGCAGCUGGCCUGCUCAGACAACUCGGGAGCCAAUCCGAUGCAGUUGUAAAAAAACUUGCCGAUGAAUGCUCUCCGAGCCAUAUAAUGAAUCCCUCGGCAUGUUACAAUCUCGGUCUGCUUCUCAAAGAUGAAGACACUCCAUCUUCCCUGGAAGAAGCAGCCGAAUGUUUUCAGGCUGCUGCCAUUCUUGAAGACUCGGCACCUGCCAGUUUAUCCCUUUAGAUAAACAGCCCUCUGCUGCUAUGCCCUAUUCUUGUUCCCCGUAAAUAUCAUAAACUAGUCUCAAUAC